UGGUCUUCGUAGCUGGAAAGUGGAACCUCAGGUCAAGGGCUUUUUCCUACCUCAGAAAACUGGAAAGUCUUAUCCAUUUGCCAUCCCACCAAAUCCCUAGUUUCACUGUUCCUCUUCUAUCCUCUGCCCUAAGAAGUUUCGACUUGCGAGCUAUGGCGUGUGCAAUGAGCCAACUCCUAUGCCCAACUCGUGCGUCUUCCCACUUGCAAUUCUCUCCUGCUCUUCCCUUUUCCCGCCCAUUCCUAAUAACCACCGGUGGGGAUAAAAACCACCUCCCUAGGCUUGUUGAAUUUUACUGUCACCAGAAUCUGACGGUAGUCGCCAAAUCCUCGCCGGAAAAUGACGGCAUUGUAGCUGCCGACAAUGACAAUGAAGAUGGCGUCUCUUUGGGAACCUUGAAAUUGCCUUCGAAUACUGACCUUGACAGAUUUGAGAGCUUGCUUUUCCAGUGGGCAAACAGUCUUUGCCAAGGAGCUAAUCUGCCACUUCCAGUGCCAUUGAAGAUAGAUAAAAUACCAGGCGGAGCUAGGUUGGGUUUCAUUACAAUUGGAGAUGGUAAGACAGAGGUCCUAGUGUACAUUGAUUGCUUGGUUUUCCCAGCAACUGGUGGUUCAGGUCCUAUUUUCCGAGCCAUAAGAAAUGGACCCUUAAGAGAUAAAUCACCUCCUGGUGAGCCUAGAAUCAUGAGAAGUCUUCUGCAAGCCCUCCAGAAGUCCGUUGAAAUUGCUAGAGUUUGAAAUAUUUUGUUACGUGAGAUGUAAAAAAUCUGCAGUUUAUUCUGUUCUUAUUUAGUUUAGUGAAAUGAGAAUUAAAUAGCUUGUCAAUAACAAAGCUUAGUUCAUGUGCAAUGUAUAGUUUAUUGGGU